AUGCCACCCAAAGCGCCGGAAGAACCAGAACAAAACCCAUAUGAUCUGCUUGAGAUCUCACAGGAGGCUACCGAAGCCGAGGUUAGGACAGCCUAUCGAACUCGCUCGCUAAAAGUCCACCCAGACAGAAACAGGAAUGACCCUAAUGCAGCCCAGAAAUUCCAUGCAUUGACCACCGCCUCCACCCUCCUACUCGAUCCCCUGCGCCGUCUCGCGCUCGAUGCGCAACUCCGUUUGCAAGCUGCCAAGAAGCAGCGCUUCGCAACUUACGAUAAUAAGCGCAAGGCCAUGGUAUCUGAGUUGGAGGAACGGGAGCAAGAGUUCAAGAAAGCGCGAAUGGCCAAGGAGCAAGAGAGAACUGCAAGGGAGAGCGAAAACGUAAGGAUUCGGGAGGAGGGGCGGAGAUUACGGGAGCAGAGGGAGAAGGAACUCGAGCUGCAGGAAUUAGAACGUCAUCGUGCAAGGUUGAAGCCCGAGCUAGAUGAAAUUGUCGAAGAAGACACUCUUGCUCCUCCGCCGCCUGGUGACUUGGACACCACGAUCCGUGUCAAAUACGCUCUGUCAUCACAUCCUGCGCUUCUUACGGCGUUCGCACUCGCCGCGCACCUCCGACGGUAUGGCGAGAUCGAUGAAGGGGCGGUGGUGAUGUCGCAGAAAGCCAAAAAGUCGAAAAAGUCCAAGGGGCUGGUAGACGGCGAAAUGAUUGUGACCGCGCUGGUGCCGUUCAAUCAGCUGGGCGCUGCAUUUGCUGUGAUAUCGAGUGCCGAAUCGUUGAAAGAUCGGGGUAUGGAUGUGGCAUGGGCUGGCGGGUCCGAGCCCCCGAUACUAGGCUGGCUUCGCGAGCGCGGGGAACUCGGAGGGCCCGCACCCAAGCGUGCUGAGCCCCUCAAAACAAAUGCUUCUCCAGUGGGGACGACGUUCAGUUCGUUUCCCUCGAGUUUUCCUGCUUUUGAUGAUGUAGCACCACCGCCACCUCCUGCUGCAAAGGCGGGAAUGGACUAUGAAUCGUUGACACUCCUCCGUAUGCGUGAAGCUGAGCGCGCACGCUUAGAGAAAGAGAUACUGGAGGCAGAAGCUGCUGACGGCAGCUAG